ACCAUGCACCACUGUCGGCCUCUCGGUGGAUUUCUCUGGAGAUGUUGCCAGCUGUGAUCAUCCUCGCCUGUCUGCCUCUCCUGGCUCUUCGUUGUGCAGCUGAUCUGUGCAACUGGACUGGAAGCGGUUUUGCAGCUGGCGUUGACCGCAGGAUCGUUCUCCAGGUGCGGCUUCGCUGCACGGAAGGUCUCGUGAGCUGGGUCUACCCGGGUCAGGCUCUCAGAGUGGCGCUCGAGCCCAAUUUGUUGUCCAUCCGGUACAACACGGUCUGUAUCCAACCGUCUCCAUCCCUCAGCGGAGCCAGCGUUUUCAUUGAGCGGGCCGGACAGCUGGACCUGCUGGAUACGGAGGACGGCGGGCGCAACGGGCGGCAGGUGUUUUGUUUUCGGGUGGAUGAGCCGCACAGUCCGGUCAUCUACCUCCAGGCCGGCCCGCAAAGUCCAGGAACGUGGAUCAGACGCACAGUGGGCUUCAGAUAUGAGUUGCUGCGCAAUAGGAGCGUCUACGCUUCAUGCCGACCCUGCAAUGACACAGAAUUGCUCAUGGCUGUUUGCAGCAGUGACUUUGUGGUUCGAGGCUACAUCAAGAAUGUCUUCCAUGACUCUAGAAGGCAGUCAUCACUAGUGGAGGUGUUGACAACAAAGGUUUACUGGCAGCGUAGUGGAUUGUUUGUGCAGCAACUGCGUCCAUAUAUGUCCCCUCAGUCCUGGCAUGGACACAUCCGGACGUUCCUGCAGUGCCACGUAAAGCCUGGUGACGGACAGUUCCUCUUCACAGGGUCAGAGCACUUUGGGGAAGCUUGGUUAGGAUGCGCCCCACGCUACAGAGACUUCCUCUCUGUCUACCACAAGGCCAGGAUAGGACGAAGGACUUCCUGCGACUUCCCUCUGGACUGAAGAAGUGUGUGGUUUUUGGACCCAAAUGGACUCUGUAAUGGCGCUGCGGGAACCUUGUAAAGCUGUCAUGUGCCAACAAGGUGGCAUCAAGGUUCAGCAGCAGGGGCAAAAUUGCUGAAAUGCUGCUGAGAAACACAUGUGGAGGAGAAGAACAGCAGGGCCUCCUGAACUGGGGCUCAGAAAGUGGCCGCCUUUGUCUGUCUCCAAUCACUGCCUUUAGUCCUGGGAGACUUACGAGGGGUUGGGUUGCUGCUCUCUUUUUAAGCUCUCCACACAUUAGCUGUUGUUCACUUUGCGGCCUCUGUGCAAACGGUGCUCUAUGAUCUGAGGUGGGAGGGAAGACGAAGGUGGGCUAUUUGUCCUCACAGCUUGGCUUUGUGAGUUUAGGCUUGUAGACGCAUGUGCCUGUAAAAGUUUGUGUUAUAUCGUUUCCCAUCAUAGCAAUUUAGUCUUAUUUGUUUCCAAACUGGAAAUAAAAUCAAAAGUUACUGAUAUUCAGACUUUUUAUUUAUUCAUUUUUUUAUUUUCGUUUAUACAGUGUUUUCCACAUUUUGUCAAAUAACAACUUUAGUGUAUUUUAGUUCAUUUUUUGUGACAUAGUCAGUCCAACAUAAAGUAAUGCAUGAUGAUAAAAUAGGAUGUUUAGAUAUGGAUGUAUAUCCAGUCCAUUUGUUGACUCUGUAGAAAUACCUUUUGCUGCAGUUCUUUUGUUUUUAUGCUUCAAUCAACCUUCUGUCUCUGGUGACUGAUAUUUUUUUUCCUAUUAUUCUUUCUAAAACCACUCAAGCGCUGUCAGAUGGGAUGGAGAGCAUCUCUAAACAGUGUUUUUCAGGUUUAUAUUGGAUUUAAGUCUAAACUUUGACUAGACCAUCAUAACACAUGAAAAUUAUUUGAUCUAAAUAACUCCAUCUUAGUUCUCAGCAUGUCAGCACCUCCUUCAGAGUCACCACAGGUCCAGGGUUUCUACUUAGGUUAAUGCUCUCCUUAACUGCUCCGUCGGUUGAAUUGGACAGCCAUCUUGAUAGGAUUUCCUUUCAUUUCAAAGUAAUUUGUGAUAUGUUGAAAGCUUGGGACAUUGUUUUAUAGCCUGACUCUGUUUUAAACAUCUCCACAGCUUUAUACCCAACCUAAUUGGCCUUUAUGAUGCAGCAGCAUUCACAGUGAAAUUAAAUUGCAUACAGGUGAAGUCCAUUUAGUAGUUUGGUGACUUCUGCCUUGGAUUUUAGUUUGGGGUAUCAGAGUGAAGGUGGCUGAGGUUUAUUGUUGCAAUGUGACAAAUUGUGUAAAAGAUAUCAAAAUAUGAAUACUUUUUAAAGCCCUGUUUGUUUAUGUGUGUGUGUGUGUGUGUGUGUGUGGGUGUGCGUGCGUGUGUGUGUGUGUGU